AUGGCCCAAAAGUUUUUCGUCGCCUUUGCUCUGCUAGCCAUUGCGGUUAUUCAGGCGGUUCCUUUCCAUGGCCAUCAUGAACAUCACGGCCAUGGAGGAGCCACCAGUCAUGCCUCCGUGCCUACAUCCCACGGCGGUCAUCACGAGGAGGCCCAUCACCACGAGCAUCACGGGCAUGAGGAUCACCACGACGAUCACCAUGACUCUCAUGCCGAAUAUGACUUCAGCUACGGGGUCAAGGAUCACAAGACCGGGGAUGUGAAGGCGCAGAGCGAGUCACGACAUGGCCACAAGGUCACCGGACACUAUGAGUUGAUCGAUGCCGACGGUCACAAGCGAACUGUCCACUACACCGCCGACAAGCACAAGGGAUUCGAGGCCCAUGUCCAUCGCGAAAAGCUCCAUGGCCACCAGGAGGAGCACCAUGCUCAUGGUCACGGACACGGCGGACACAGCGGCUAUGAAGGCGGACACGUUAAGUUCGAGGAGCACUCCUCGCACUCCGGACACGACUACAGCCACGGACACGAAGGACACGGACAUGGUCAUGGUCACGAUCACGGCAGCAGCUCCCACAGCUACUCGCUGAAACAGGACCAUGGUCAUGGUCAUGGUCAUGGACAUGGACACAGCCACGAAUCGGAGCACGGACACGGUUACCAUUGAUCUGCAGUUUCUCCUUCUAAAUGUUUUAUUGUUUUUCUAUCUCCCAUUGAACACUUACCAAAUACCUAUUGUUGUUAUACCAAAAUAAAUCAGGCAAAUAUUUUCAAAAGUGAAAA